AUGUUUAGAGCUGGAAGAAAGCAACUUUGGAAACAGAGCAUUGGCAGAGUGAUUAAGCAAAAGCUCAAGGAAGAGAGGGAGGCUAAACGUGCUCAUCUGGACGGCAGGCAUGAAUACUUACUGGAUAUUGUUGCCUCUUGUGUGAAUUUGGACAAAGCAGAAGUAGAAGAUGCUAUUCUUGAUGGUAGCCAGAUAGAACGCAUUAACAGAUUCCUCGCUCCUGGAGGUCUUCGUCAUCUGAUGUUCUACUAUCAAGACGUGGAGGUAACGGAUACAGAGUACUUUGGUCUUCCAGGAAUAGGAACAAACUCUCAUUUGACUAAGAAGAAGAAACUUAAAAUAUUUGUGACAGAGGGAAAAGAAAUUGCUUUAACUGGUGUAUGCAUUUUCUUCAUUAGAUCUAAUUUUUCUAAACCCAUCACAACUGAGAAUAUCUAUCAAGAAGUAAAUUUUCAUAUGAUGGAUAUAGGUCGAGAUGGCUUAUUAAAAAGUGUUGAGCAGUUGGUAUCAGAAAUAUUCAUCCCAGCCUUACAGACUAUGGACCAUAGCUGGGUUGAACCUCAACAAGUUCCCAGUAUUAAGCAGGACUUCCUUCGUGCCCUUGAAGCAUUUGUUAGUCUCCUGUCAGGAACUCAGCAAAGUCUGUUGGAAAAGGUCAGCCUGAAGAAAUGUGAAACAUAUGACCUGAAAACUCUAAGAGGACCUUCUGAUUACUUGAUGGUUGCUAACAGCAUAGAGGCUCUUGAAAAAAUAGAAGUUUGCAUUAAAGAAUGGACCAAACAAAUUGAACAGGUUCUUGCAGAAAAUGACCAGUUGAGAAAAGAAGCAGAUGACCUUGGACCACGAGUAGAGCUUGAUUAUUGGAAAAAGAAAUUGUCAAAAUUCAACUACCUUAUGGAGCAGCUGAAGAGCCCAGAUGUGAAGGCAGUGCUUGGAGUACUCACUGCUGCUAAAUCCAAACUGCUGAAGAAGUGGCGAGCAUUGGAUAUUCGCAUCACAGAUGCAGCAAAUGAAGCUAAAGAUAAUGUGAAGUAUCUGUAUUCUCUGGAAAAAUACUAUGACCCAUUAUACAAUGGCGAUCCUGUGUCCAUGCUGGAUUCUAUUCCAGGGCUCAUAAAUGCAAUUAAAAUGAUUCAGAGUAUCUCUCAAUAUUACAACACUUCUGAAAAGAUCUCCUCACUGUUUGUGAAGGUGACCAAUCAGAUGAUCACAGCAUGUAAAUCUUACAUUGCAAACAAUGACACAACCACCAUCUGGAAUCAACCGCAGGAGAGAGUUGUGGAAAAGCUACAAGCAGCUAUUAGACUUAAACAGGAGUAUCAAAGUUGUUUCCACAAGAUAAAAGAGAAUUUGGAACAAAAUCCAGCUGGAAGACAAUUUGAUUUUAGUGAGAUGUAUAUAUUUGGAAAAUUUGAAGCUUUUCAUCGUCGUCUGGUAAAGAUAAUAGAUGUUUUCAAUACUAUGAGAACCUACUCAGUUCUACAAGAAUCUAAGAUAGAGGGAUUGGAAGAAAUGAUCACAAAAUAUCAGAGCAUUGUUGACAACAUGAAGAAUAAGCAUUAUGAUUUCUUGGAUCAGCGGAAGACUGAUUUUGACCAAGACUAUGAAGAGUUUUACAAAGACAUAAAUGAUCUUCAUGAUCAAUUAAGAAGUUUCAUGGACAUCACCUUUGAAAGUAUUUUGAACACUGAAAGGGCACUGAGUAUGUUGCAGAAAUUUGAAAGAUUGCAAAUCCCAAAUCUUGGCAUUGAUGAAAAGUAUCAGAAAAUAUUUCAAAACUAUGGCCAUGACAUAGAAACAGUCUGUAAGAUCUACACUAGGCACAAGAAGGACCCACCACUGGCUCGUAAUCUGCCUCCAGUAGCUGGCAAGAUCUUGUGGGCACGCCACCUAUUCCAUAGGAUCAAGGAGCCCAUGGAUACUUUCCAGAGACAUCCAGCAGUUCUGCAAACACCAGAUGGCAAGAGCAUAAUUCGCAAUUACAACAAAGUAGCAAAAGUUCUUAUGAAAUUUGAAGUGAUCUACCACAGAGAAUGGCUUCAGCAGAUUGAAUUAACUAAAAGAGGACUUCAAGCAACUCUCUUGGUAAAAGCUCCAGAAACAGGAGAAUUAUUUGUGAAUUUUGACCCUCUAAUAUUAACUUUAAUCAGAGAGACAGAUUGCAUGGCUCACAUGUGCCUUGAAAUUCCACCAUUUGCAAGUGUUAUUCAGCAGCAGAGAGUCUGGUACAAGAAGAUUGUCAACAAUUUGCAUGUGAUGUUGGCAGAAUACAAAAGAAUUAAACUGAAAAUACAACACCCUUUUGAACAACUAAUGGCUCCUCGAUUAGUAAAUGUAGAGGAUGCUAUCCUGCCAGGUCUAACAUUACUGAACUGGGCAUCCUCAAAUAUUGAGAAAUAUAUUAAUACAGUCUUUUCUAAGCUAGCUGGGCUGGAGUUAUUGCUUGAUCGAGUGAAUGAUUUGGUUGAAUUUCGUAUUGAUGCUGUCCUUCAAGACAUGAAUAGAGUGCCACUCUGUAUGUUGCCAGAAGGUGAACCACAGAGCUGUGAGGAAUUUCUUCAAAAGACUAAUGAACUCUGUAUAAAAGGUUCUCAGACUUUACACUUAAAAAGCUCACUGGUGGAAGCCUCUGCUAAUGAUCUGAUUAACAUGUUACUUGACACUGAGGAACAGGUCAGUAAAGAUGAGAAGUCAAUUGAACCCAGUGGUGAAAAAAGGGACAAUAGCACAGCUACAGGAGAGGAAAGAAGAUCAAAAAGCUUGAGUUCCUCACAAAAUUCCAGUGAGAUGUGGGCUGGCUUGUCUCCUACAGCAAAGAGGAAGAGAAUAGAUUUAGAAAAAUUAGAGGAAGAUGCCAAUGAACUGCUUUCUUACUUCAAUAAUCGUAACAUUGAUGCCCUUUUGAAAGUCAUACGAAACACUCUGGAGACCAUCCGGAAGCGCAUUCAUGCAUCAUCUACCAUCAAUUUCUUAGAAAAUCACAGUAUGUCUAAGCAGAAAAAAGCUGCUCAUCCUAUAAUUAGGACCAAUAUUAACCUAUCUAUCCCUAAUAUCAUCAUGACACCCUCUUUGGAUGAGGUACAGCAGACACUUAAUAAAGCUGUAGAUAGUAUUGUGAAAGUAAUGAAAGGAGUUCGACAGUGGAGUAAGGAGAGAAUAUCCAAGAAGAAAGUGUUAGAGACAAAAGUUGUUCUCUUGCGGUGUGGGAGCAGAGACAGCGAUUCUGAUGAUGGGAUGAAAGAGACUGGAAAGGAAAACAUCCAUGCUUUUAUAGAUAAUGUAUCAGAUGCAGCAUCACUCAGUUCAUCUGACCCAGUGCAAAGCCACAACUACUUCAAGAAUGUUUCAGAGAACAAAGAAAUUAUUAAAUUAGUAUCUUUACUCAGCAGUGCCAUCAAUUCUACAAAAAGGGAAGUUCUUACAGCUUUGGAGAGUUUUAGUUGUUACCACCAUAUAUGGCAGAGGGACAAGGAGGAAACCAUUGAUAAAUUAAUGGUGGGAAGCCCAUCACUCUCUGAAUUUGAAUCUGAAAUUCUGCAUUUCCAAGACCUGGACCUGAAAAUAAAUUCUGAGCCUGAAUACAUCUGCGUGGGAGCUAUUGCGCUGUACACUGCUGAUCUGAAGCUAGCACUGAGAUCAGAAACCAAAGCCUGGAUGACUUUGCUGGGGUGUCAUUGCAAUAAGAAGUACAGAACACAGAUGGAAGCAAUUUUGACUUUUAUAGAGGAAACUGGCAAGAAGUUAAAUCACAGCAUCAUGGACCUGGAUGAUAUCAGAAUAGCCAUGUCAGCUUUAAAAGAGAUCAGAGAACUACAGAUUUCUAUUGACUUUCAAAUUGGCCCCAUUGAGGAAUCCUAUGCUAUGUUGAACAAGUAUGAUCUACUUGUUGCCAAGGAAGAGACAGAGAAGGUGGACACAUUGCACUACACUUGGGAAAAACUGCUAAUCCGUGCAAAUGAAGUGCAGAAUGAGCUUGUUGCUUUGCAGCCAAACUUCAGAGGAGAGCUUAUUAGUGCUGUGAAGACUUUUACUGAAGACUGUGCGCAGUUCUAUUCAGAUUAUGAUCAGAAUGGGCCAAUGGUGGUUGGUUUAACACCUCAGGAAGCCAGUGACAGGCUUACUAUAUUCCAGAAUCGAUAUGAUAAUCUCUUUCGGAAAUAUAUUACUUGUACAGAUGGAGAAGAUCUUUUCGGUUUGCCAGUUACUUGGUGUCCUCAACUUCUUGAAAUAAAUAAGCAACUGAAUCUGUUGCAGAAACUCUAUAAUCUAUAUAACAGUGUCAUUGGCACAAUCAAUGGUUACUAUGAUAUUCUUUGGUCAGAAUUAGACAUUGAAAAAAUUAACGGUGAACUUAUGGAAUUUCAGAACAGGUGCCAUAAGCUCCCUCGUGCUGUAAAGGAAUGGCAGCCUUUUCUUGACCUAAAGAAGACCAUAGAGGACUUCAGUGAAUGUUGCCCAUUGCUUGAGCACAUGUCAAGCAAAGCAAUGAUGCCUCGGCACUGGAAGCAGAUUAUGGGUCUUACUGAACACAGAUUUGACAUGGAGAGUGAAACAUUCAAACUGAGGAAUUUAAUGGAAGUUCCACUAUUAAGAUAUAAAGAGGAAAUAGAGGAUAUCUGCAUAAGUGCUGUGAAGGAGAGAGACAUUGAGCAGAAGUUAAAACAAGUGAUAGCUGAAUGGGAUAACAAGAUGUUUAUCUUUGCAAAUUUUAAAACUCGUGGGGAACUUCUUUUAAGAGGUGACAGCACAUCAGAAACAAUUGCUACCUUGGAGGACAGCCUGAUGAUUCUUGGUUCUCUCAUGAGUAACAGAUACAACACACCAUUCAAGACACAGAUUCAGAAAUGGGUGCACUAUCUUUCCAACACAACAGAUAUCAUUGAGGACUGGCUGACUGUGCAGAACUUGUGGAUUUAUUUAGAAGCUGUUUUUAUUGGUGGUGAUAUAGCAAGGCAGCUUCCAAAGGAAGCAAAGCGUUUCUCUAACAUUGAUAAAUCCUGGGUAAGGAUCAUGACCCGAGCUCAUGAAACACCCAAUGUUAUUCAAUGUUGUGUUGGAGAUGAAAUAAUGGGACAGUUAUUGCCACAUUUACUGGAACAGCUUGAAAUCUGUCAGAAAUCGCUCACAGGGUAUCUGGAAAAAAAGCGCCUCCUAUUUCCACGAUUCUUCUUCGUGUCAGAUCCUGCUCUCUUAGAAAUUCUUGGCCAGGCAUCCAACUCUCACAAUAUACAGGCACAUCUGCUGAAUGUGUUUGACAACAUUAAAACUGUCAGGUUCCAUGAAAAGAUAUAUGAUCGUAUAUUGUCAAUUAGUUCACGAGAGGGUGAGACUGUAGAGCUGACUAGGCCUGUAAUGGCUGAAGGUAAUGUGGAAGUUUGGCUCAGCUCUCUGUUGAAGGAAGCCCAGCUAUCACUACAUCAAGUCAUUCGCCAAGCAGCUAUGGACAUCCAGGAAACGAGUUUCCAGAUUACUGAAUUUCUUUCUACUUACCCAGCCCAGGUCGGGUUAUUGGGGAUCCAAAUGAUUUGGACAAGAGAUUCAGAAGCAGCUUUGACUCUUGCCAAGCAGGAUAAAAAAGUUAUGCGCAAGACGAAUCAGUUUUUCUUGGAUCUUCUGAACAUGUUGAUAGAUAUGACAACAAAAGAUCUUAGUCCAGUUGAGCGAGUUAAAUACGAGACAUUAAUCACUAUUCAUGUCCAUCAGAGGGACAUUUUUGAUGGUCUUUGCUGCAUGCAUAUCAAGAGCCCUACAGACUUUGAGUGGCUGAAGCAAUGUAGAUUUUAUUUUAAUGAAGACUCUGAUAAAAUGGUGAUUAAAAUGACUGAUGUGAGCUUCACAUACCAGAAUGAAUUCUUGGGCUGUACUGACAGGCUUGUCAUAACACCUCUUACAGACAGAUGUUAUAUCACUUUGGCUCAAGCUUUGGACAUGAACAUGGGUGGAGCACCUGUGGGACCUGCAGGAACCGGAAAAACUGAAACUGUGAAAGAUAUGGGACGAUGCCUUGGAAAAUAUGUAGUGGUCUUCAACUGUUCAGACCAGAUGGAUUUCCGAGGACUUGGGAGGAUCUUCAAAGGUCUUGCUCAGUCUGGCUCCUGGGGUUGCUUUGAUGAAUUCAAUCGUAUUGAUUUACCAGUGCUAUCAGUUGCUGCACAGCAAAUAGCAAUUGUGUUGACAUGUAAGAAGAAACGUAAAAAGAGAUUUAUUUUUACUGACGGAGACAAUGUAGAAAUGAAUCCAGAAUUUGGCAUCUUUCUUACUAUGAAUCCAGGAUAUGCUGGACGGCAAGAACUUCCUGAAAACUUGAAGAUCAAUUUUCGUUCCGUGGCUAUGAUGGUUCCUGAUCGUCAAAUCAUAAUUCGUGUUAAAUUGGCUAGCUGUGGUUUCAUUGCUAAUGUUGUGUUGGCAAGGAAAUUCUUUACACUGUACAAGCUGUGUGAAGAACAACUGUCAAAGCAGGUGCAUUACGAUUUUGGCUUGCGGAAUAUAUUGUCUGUGUUGCGUACACUUGGAGCAGCAAAAAGAGCGAAUCCCACAGAUACUGAAUCUACCAUUGUCAUGCGUGUGCUGAGAGAUAUGAACCUGUCUAAGCUAAUUGAUGAAGAUGAACCCUUAUUUCUGAGUCUAAUUGAAGAUCUGUUUCCAGAUAUCCAGCUUGAUAAAGCAGGCUAUCCUGAACUUGAAGCAGCCAUUGACAAACAGGUGGAGGAAUCUGGCCUUGUUUGUCAUCCUCCUUGGAAACUGAAAGUUAUCCAGCUUUUUGAAACCCAGAGAGUCAGGCAUGGAUUGAUGACACUAGGACCUAGUGGUGCAGGAAAAACUACUUGCAUCCACACCUUAAUGAGAGCAAUGACAGAUUGUGGACAGCCACAUCGUGAAAUGAGAAUGAAUCCUAAAGCUAUAACUGCUCCACAAAUGUUUGGACGCCUUGAUGUGGCAACAAAUGAUUGGACAGAUGGAAUAUUUUCAACACUCUGGAGAAAAACUUUAAGAGCAAAGAAAGGUGACCACAUCUGGAUAGUUCUCGAUGGUCCAGUUGAUGCUAUUUGGAUUGAGAACCUUAAUUCUGUCCUGGAUGACAACAGAACUCUAACACUAGCAAACGGUGAUCGGAUACCUAUGGCACCAAAUUGCAAAAUAGUAUUUGAGCCUCAUAAUAUUGAUAACGCUUCUCCAGCAACAGUUUCAAGAAAUGGGAUGGUAUUCAUGAGCUCAUCAGUUCUCACCUGGAGUCCUAUCCUUGAGGGAUUUUUGAAAAAAUGUUCCUUCCAAGAGGCUGAAAUUCUACGUCAGCUGUAUUCUUCAUCAUUCCCAGACUUGUACUGCUUCAGCAUUCAGUCUCUGCAUUGCAAGACUGAGAUGCUGGAAGCCUUUGUGAUUAUGCAGAGCAUUAAUAUGCUGCAGGGUCUUAUCCCACCUAAGGAGCAAGGUGGGGAGCUGACACCAAAGUACUUGGAAAGGCUGUACGUCUUCUCUCUCAUGUGGAGUGUAGGAGCAUUGCUAGAGCUGGAGGACAGAUGCAAAAUGGAAUACUGGCUUCGAAACCAUGCAACAGUAAAGCUUGAUCUUCCCUGUAUCCCAGAAGGCAGUGAAGAUACAAUGUUUGAUUAUUAUGUGGCAUCUGAUGGUACAUGGAUGCACUGGAAUACGCACGUUGAAGAGUAUGUAUAUCCCAGUAGUGGUACACCAGAGUAUGGCUCAAUUCUUGUGCCUAAUGUUGACAAUGUGAGAAUGGAUUUCCUUAUUGAAACCAUAGCAAAACAGGGCAAGGCUGUCCUACUAAUUGGUGAGCAAGGAACUGCAAAGACUGUUAUAAUCAAAGGUUUUAUGUCAAAAUAUAACCCUGAAAGGCACAUGACUAAGAGUUUGAAUUUUUCAUCUGCAACGACCCCAUUAAUUUUUCAGCGUACAAUAGAAAGUUAUGUGGAUAAGCACAUGGGCACGACUUAUGGUCCACCUGCAGGCAAAAAGAUGACAAUCUUCAUUGAUGAUGUGAACAUGCCCAUAAUCAAUGAAUGGGGAGAUCAGGUCACUAAUGAGAUAGUUAGGCAACUGAUGGAACAGAAAGGACUGUAUAACCUGGAAAAGCCUGGUGAAUUUACCAACAUUGUGGACAUUCAGUUUUUGGCUGCCAUGAUCCACCCUGGGGGAGGUCGCAAUGAUAUUCCACAGAGGCUGAAGAGACAAUUUUCAGUGUUCAACUGUACUCUGCCUUCUAAUUCUUCCAUUGACAAAAUUUUUGGUGUAAUUGGAGAAGGGCACUACUGUAGUGAGCGGGGAUUUUCAGAUGAUGUGAAGAAAACAGUAGCCAAAUUGGUUCCAUUGACACGCAGACUGUGGCAGAUUACCAAGCUAAAAAUGUUGCCCACACCAGCCAAGUUUCAUUAUGUCUUCAACCUUCGAGACCUCUCGAGGAUUUGGCAAGGAAUGCUGAACGCUACAUCAGAAGUGAUCAACGAACCACAGGUGCUGAUAAAACUGUGGAAGCAUGAAUGUAAGUGUGUUAUUGCUGAUCGUUUCACAACCUCAGAGGAUGUUAAUUGGUUUCACACAGCCCUGGCAAAACUCAUUGAGGAGGAAUUUGAAGAUCCAAAAGCUUUGCUGAGUCAUGAAACACUCUUUGUUGACUUCUUAAGGGAUGCACCUGCAAGAAUUGAUGAAAAACCAGAGGAAGUUAAUUUAGAUAUUCCCAAAAUCUAUGAACCAAUCUCCUCAUUUCAUCAGCUACGGAAUCGUUUAAAUAAGUUUUUACAAACAUACAAUGAGAAUGUUCGUGGUACAGGAAUGGACAUGGUUUUCUUUGAGGAUGCUAUGGUUCAUUUAGUCAAGAUUUCUCGUGUGAUUUGCACUCCUCGUGGAAAUGCUCUUUUAGUUGGAGUUGGUGGCUCAGGAAAACAAAGCUUGACAAGAUUGGCAUCCUUCAUAGCGGGCUAUGAAACAUUCCAGAUAAUGUUGACUAGAUCAUACAACACUUUAGACCUGAUGGAAGAUCUGAAACUCUUAUACAGAACAGCAGGACUGCAAGGCAAAGGCACCUGUUUUCUUUUUACAGACAAUGAGAUCAAAGAUGAGUCUUUCUUGGAAUACUUGAACAAUGUUUUGUCAUCAGGAGAGGUGUCAAACUUAUUUGCACGUGAUGAAGUAGAUGAGAUCAUUAGUGAUCUCAUUCCGUCCUUCAAAAAGGAACAUCCACGAAGACCUCCAACCAGUGAAGCUCUGUAUGAUUAUUUCAUGAACAGAGUCCGUCAGAACCUUCACGUAGUUCUUUGCUUUUCACCAGUAGGUGAAAAAUUCAGAAAUAGGGCCCUGAAGUUCCCUGCUCUCAUUUCUGGAUGCACUAUAGAUUGGUUCAGCCAAUGGCCUAAGGAUGCUCUGGUGGCAGUAUCUGAACACUUUCUGUCCUCAUUUGAUAUGGACUGCACUGCUGAUAUCAAGAGGGAAAUUGUGCAGUGUAUGGGCUCAUUCCAGGAUGGAGUGGCAGAAAAGUGUUCUGAUUACUUUCAAAGAUACAGACGUUCUACACAUGUGACUCCCAAAUCCUACCUGACCUUUAUUCAGGGAUAUAAAACCACAUACAAAGAAAAGCAUGCUGAAGUGCAAACAUUAUCAAACAGAAUAAAUACUGGUCUGGAAAAAUUGAAAGAGGCCUCUGAGUCAGUGGCUGCUCUAAGCAGAGAACUGGAGGUAAAAGAAAAGGAACUUCAAAUUGCCAAUGAAAGAGCUGACAUGGUAUUGAAAGAAGUUACUGUAAAAGCACAAGCUGCUGAGAAUGUGAAGGGUGAUGUUCAGAAAGUGAAAGACAAAGCGCAAGCAAUCGUAGACAGUAUCACAGUUGACAAAGCCAUUGCUGAAGAGAAGUUGGAAGCUGCCAAGCCUGCUUUGGAAGAGGCAGAAGCAGCCUUACAG